AUGAAGCAAGCUUGUAUUAUGAUCGCCCAGUUGUUCUUGGCUUCCAGUAGCCUGGCAAGAACCUUCACCAUCCAAAAUAACUGCCCCUUUACGAUUUGGCCGGCGUAUUUUACAAACCCUGACUCUCCUGCUAAAAUCACCAGUCAACCCGCUGGUUGGGAAGCUCAAGGAUCUUCACAAAAGAGCGUCGACGUUCCCGAUGGUUGGGCGGGGAGGUUCUGGGGAAGAAGGAACUGCAACUUCUCCAAAACUGGGCCCACCUUGUGUGCGACCGGAGGUUGUAACGGAGGAUUAGUGUGCGAUUCAGCCACUGGUUCGGGUGUUCCCCCGGCAACCCUUGCUGAAUUCAAGUUGAAUGGUGAUGGCGGAAAGGACUAUUACGACGUUUCCAACGUCGACGGUAGCAACCUUCCUGUCUUCAUCACUAACAAUAAAGGCUGCCCGACUCCCUCCUGUAAGACGGAUUUGAACCCUGGGUGUCCCGAUGAUCGAAUGAAAGCAAACUUGGAUGGAAACCACGGUGAUUCAGCAAACUGCUGCACUGGCAGUCACAACACCGCGGACACCUGUCCCAAGGAUAAAGUCCAAUUCUAUGACUUUUUUAAGAACGGCUGCCCAGAUGCCUAUGCUUAUGCCUAUGAUGAAAGCAGCCAAAGUGCGCUCUGGACUUGCAAUCAAUCUGCAGACUACACCAUCACAUUCUGCCCUUGA